AUGGCAACAUCCUUCCUCACAAACCACAGCGCGAGAAGACUUCUCUGUCGAAGGGGGAGAUUCAAUUGCCUACUCAGAUAUGCCUCGACGCGCUCCACAUUCAAGUGGGACGACCCGUUGGGAUCCCAGAACCUGCUCAAUGAAGAAGAAGUUGGGAUCCAAGAAACAGCACGAUCCUACUGUCGGGAACAGCUCCUGCCUCGUGUCGUCGACGCAUAUAGAACCGAGACCUACGAUCGAAAUAUCCUUCGCGAAAUGGGGGAGCUCGGCCUCCUAGGUCCAACCAUCAAAGGGUACGGAUGCGCGGGCGUCAGCAGUGUUAGCGCCGGCCUCAUCACUCGCGAAGUCGAGCACGUCGACUCUGGGUAUCGCUCUGGGAUGUCCGUACAGAGUUCCCUCGUCAUGGGACCUAUCGAUCAAUUCGGCACGAAAGCGCAAAAGGAUAGAUGGCUCGAGAAACUUGCGCAGGGGAAACUCGUUGGGUGCUUUGGACUCACGGAGCCAAAUCACGGCUCUGACCCAGGAUCCAUGGAGACGACGGCGAAACCCCAUCCGACUAAGAAGGGAUACUACCUCUUAUCAGGCGCGAAGACCUGGAUCACCAAUUCCCCAGUCGCCGACUUACUAGUUGUAUGGGCGAAACUGGACGGUCAGAUUCGCGGUUUCGUAAUUGAACGCGACCAAUGCCCCCGGGGUACCUUAGAGACACCUGCACUGAAGAACAAAACCGGUCUCCGCGCCUCGAUCACCGGUAUGAUCCAGCUGGAUAGUUGUCCCGUGCCAGAGGAAAAUAUGCUCGAUGUUUCCGGCCUCCAAGGACCAUUUAGUUGUUUGAACUCUGCGCGCUACGGCAUCGCAUGGGGUGUCAUGGGCGCAUUGGAAGAUUGCAUUGACCGCGCACGCAGUUAUGCGCUUGACCGCAAGCAAUUCGGCUACCCGCUCGCCAAGUUCCAGUUGAUUCAACGGAAAUUGGCGGACGCCGCCACUGACGCCGCAUAUGGUAUCCUCGCUGCGUAUCAGGUUGGACGGCUCAAAGAUGACUUGACAGACUCAAACGUUGAUCCGGAGAUGAUCUCGCUUAUCAAACGGCAGAACUGUGAUCGGGCCCUGGUCAACGCGCGUGCGUUGCAGGAGAUCUUUGGUGGAAAUGCAGUUAGCGACGAGUACCAUGUUGGGCGGCACGUGGCGAACCUCUUCGUCACCCAGACGUAUGAGGGGCAAAGUGAUAUCCAUGCUCUUAUUCUCGGACGCGCGAUCACGGGUAUUCAGGCAUUUCGCUGA